GUGACGCCGUGGUCCCGGGGAUCACGUGACCGUGUGCCGGUGGUUCCCACGCGGGACAGCGGUGCGGGGAGCGUGGCGGUGCCGCCGGGUCGUCGCCAUGGAAACACUCCCGAUGCUGCUGAUGCUGCUGAUGCUGCUGCCGGUGCCGGCCUACCCCGCACCCGCUCCCCACGCAGCCGGUCCCGGGCUGGAGGAGCGGGUGUUCCAGCAGGUGCGGGACCACUUCAACUUCGAGACUUGGGGCAACGAGACCUUCCCGCAGCGGUACCUCGUCUCAGAAAAAUUCUGGAAGAAAGGGUUUGGACCCAUCUUUUUCUACACUGGCAAUGAAGGUGACAUCUGGACUUUUGCUCAGAACUCUGAUUUCAUAUUUGAAUUAGCAAAGGAAGAGCGAGCACUUGUGAUUUUUGCUGAGCAUAGGUACUAUGGGAAGUCUUUGCCAUUUGGACCUGAGUCAACACAGCUGAAGAAGACUGGUUUGCUGACCAUGGAACAAGCCCUUGCUGACUAUGCUGUGCUGAUAACUGAGCUCAAGCAGCAGUAUGGUGCUGCUGACUGUCCUGUCAUUGCUUUUGGAGGCAGCUAUGGAGGAAUGCUGAGUGCUUACAUGAGGAUGAAAUACCCCAACGUUGUGGAUGGAGCAUUAGCUGCCAGUGCUCCUCUGCUGUCUGUGGCUGGUCUUGGAGACCCCACCCAGUUCUUCAGGGAUGUAACAGCAGAUUUUCAGAAGUCCAGCCCAGGCUGUGUCACAGCUGUCCGAAAAGCCUUCCAGCAGAUAAAGGACCUGAGCCUGCAUGGAGCCUAUGAUGAAAUCAGCAGCAAAAUGGCCACAUGCAAUAAGAUCUCUAACGAGGAGGAUGUUUACCAGCUUUUUGGGUUUGCUAGAAAUGCCUUCACCAUGAUGGCCAUGAUGAACUACCCUUACAAAACAGAUUUCAUGGGUCAGCUCCCUGCCAAUCCAGUGAAGGUUGGCUGUGAAAAAAUCCUUGCCCACACAGACCCAAUUCAAGGCCUGGCUGCUCUUGUUGGGGUGUUCUACAACUCCUCCGGCUCAGCCCAGUGUUACAACAUCUACCAGCUGUACCAGGCCUGUGCUGACCCCACGGGCUGUGGCACUGGCUCAGACUCUGAGGCUUGGGACUACCAGGCUUGCACGGAGAUCAACUUGACUUUCAACAGCAACAACGUGACCGACAUGUUCCCUGAGAUGCCCUUCACAGGGGCCAUGCGGGAGCAGUACUGCCAGAGGAGGUGGCAGGUGACACCACGGCCACACUGGCUGCAGACAAACUUUUGGGGAGGAGACCUGUACAGUGCCAGCAACAUAAUUUUUUCAAAUGGAGACUUGGAUCCAUGGGCUGGAGGUGGGAUCAACAGAAGCCUCAGUCCUUCACUGAUUGCUCUGACCAUUCAAGGAGGGGCUCACCAUCUGGAUCUUCGAGGACCCAAUCCAGCUGACCCCCCCUCUGUCACCGAGGCACGGAAGCUGGAGGCGAGCAUCAUCAACGGGUGGGUGAAAGCCGCGGCGAUGGAGAAGCGCUCGGGAGCUGCAGGGAGAGGAAGGCUGUGAACACAUCCAUCCCCACAGCCUCUGGCAGGGUGCCCCCCAGGCUGCAAAAGGACAGGAAAAAGGACAGCACCCGAGCUGUGUAAAAAGUGUCAUGGUGGAAAUCCCCCCUUCUGAAGUUUCCCUAAUCAAGUGGCAAAAGAAAAGCGAGAGGCAAAAAAUCACUGACUGGCUCCAAACCCACAUUGUGUUUGUUUCCUCCUCACCUGCUCUGAGUGAAGGGGAAUCAUAAGUGGUGGAAAUAAUAAAAGCUUCUCUGAAGACCCCAGAAACAUCACUGGCUUGAACAGUAAAGUUGCAUUAGGCACCUCAGAGCUGAAUCUAAAUUUCUUUUAGACAA